AUGUCCACAUCAGAACCAUUCCAAGAAAUCGAAAUCCCCGAGCAAAAGCUUCUCCGAAACGGCCUUCGAUUUCCCACCAUACUAUCUCCCUCAACCACAUCCUCACCUACACUCCCUCUACACGCAACACACUCAAUCAAAACCCACAAACCCUAUCUCGAAUCCCUCCUUCUCCAUUCCGGCGCCCUCAUCCUCCGAGCCUUCCCCCUCCACACCGCCUCCCACUUCAACGACCUCGUCCUAGCCUUCGACUACCCCGAGCUUCCCUACAUCGGCGGCGCUGCCCCGCGCACUAAUGUCAUCGGCCGUGUCUUCACCGCCAACGAAUCGCCGCCGGAUCAGAAAAUUCCUUUUCAUCAUGAGAUGGCUCAGGUUCCGCAGUUUCCGUCUAAGCUGUUCUUUUUCUGUGAAGUUGAGCCGGCUACCGGCGGUGAAACGCCGAUUGUUCUAAGCCAUGUUGUGUAUGAUAGGAUGAAGGAACGUUAUCCCGAGUUUGUUGAGAAACUCGAGGACUUUGGUUUGUUGUAUGUUAGGGUUUUAGGUGAAGAUGAUAACCCUUCCUCUCCCAUUGGUAGAGGCUGGAAAUCAACGUUCUUAACUCAAGACAAAACCGUUGCUCAACAAAGGGCUGGUGAACUGGGUAUGAAGUUGGAAUGGUUGGAAGAUGGAGUGAAAACAGUUAUGGGACCAAUUCCUGCAGUGAAAUAUGACGAAGUAAGAAAGCGUAAGAUUUGGUUUAAUAGCAUGGUGGCUGCUUACACUGGUUGGAAAGAUGAAAGAAAUGAUCCUGUUAAGGCUGUGACAUUUGGGGAUGGCAGCCCUUUACCUGCUGAUGUAGUGUAUGACUGUCUUAAUAUACUUGAGGAGGAAUCUGUUGCCAUUCCUUGGCGUAAAGGGGAUGUUAUGUUGCUUGAUAACUGGGCUGUUCUUCAUUCUCGAAGACCAUUUGAUCCUCCUCGCAGAGUGCUUGCUUCCCUUGUCAAGUAG